UUUCAAAAAGAAAUAUACAGAAAAAUUAUUUGUAAACGGUGGGAGUGCUGCUGUUUUACUGUUUGGACCAGAAAUCCAGCUUUCACCUGUCUCUCAAAGUUGGACGACAGUAGCUGCCGCUUCUCCGCCGCCGAUCAAUUUCACAUUCAGGGUUUAGGGUUUAGGUUGCCCAGAUUCAAGGGCGAUUAUGUUGGGCUUUCGGGCUUCAAGAAUCGGACUUUUGAUACUUAAACAGCUUACCAGAGACAAAUCCAUUUGUACACCCACAUAUGCCACUCGUUCUUUCACUCAAUUCUUGCAACCUCUGUAUAAUCAGCAGUCUGGGACAAGGUUAUUCAGGGGAGCCAUCUUUCAGAAGCAUCAUCAUUUUUCUACCACUACUGCCAGCACUUCAGACCAAGGGACUGAGCAGAAAGAAACGAUAUCUGUGACCUUUGUAGACAAGGAUGGAGACGAAAGACAUAUCAAGGUUCCAAUUGGAAUGUCUAUGCUAGAAGCUGCUCAUGAAAAUGAUAUAGAACUUGAAGGAGCCUGUGAAGGUUCACUUGCCUGCUCAACAUGUCAUGUGAUUGUAAUGGACAUGGAGUAUUACAACAAAUUAGAAGACCCAACUGAUGAGGAAAAUGAUAUGUUGGACUUGGCAUUUGGGCUUACAGAAACGUCUCGUCUGGGUUGCCAAGUCAUUGCAAGCCCCGAACUUGAUGGAGUUCGUUUAGCUAUUCCUGCUGCCACCCGAAACUUUGCUGUUGAUGGCUAUGUACCAAAACCACACUAGAGAUAGUUCAGGAUGAUUUGGUUGAGGAUGUAACUCGGUAUUUAUCCCAAUUUUAGUAGCUCUAAUUUUAUUGGCCCAAAGUACCGAUUGAGUUUAGCCCUCCUUUUUGUAGUUACUGCAUUCAUUAUUAUCGCUGCAAUUUUUUAAGUUCAGUAGUUAGAUAAUAUCAAUAUACCAUAUAUAAGAGGAGGGUGUUUACAAUCUUCUCAUUAUGUCAUUCUUGAAGAAUAUUGCUGUCUGCACUCUCAUUUUCAAAUAAACAAAUAAUAUCACACUCUUUGUCACCACUC